AUGAACACGAACAGGGCUCGUGUCAGCUGUCCACCAGUCAAAAGCAGCAAACGGGAUGAGGUUGCCUCUCGCUACCGGCGGCUAGAGCGUUUCUUGCGACGACUGAUUCUCGUACAGGGUCGAACGAUGAGUAAUGUCGUACGAUUCAAACUCCGAUUAGGCUAUGCAUUCAAAUUCGGUCUAGCUCAGUCGGCUUCUAAGCUUCGAGCAACUGCCUUUGCUGAAGCUGCAACAUGCAAGGGGUUCGACAGAAGAGGAAAAAAUCGUCAGCCGCAGUCCCCGUUCUACACGGUUGUACGCAUCCGCUCUGCAGGACCAGCAGCAGCAGCAGCUGCUGCUGCAACAGCCGCCUUCUACGCCUCAUAUUGUCGAUCUGCCAGAAACCCGUCGGUGCCGCGCUCACUCGUCAAGGCCCACACACCUUUGUCAGUCUACUGCUCGCAAUCCUGUGUGUUACCUAGCUCCAUUUCAGUCGCCGCUCCGGCUCGUUGGAACACCUCGCCUGCCGACCUAGUAACGAAGCGCUAA